ACAUGAAAAUAUACAAAAGAAGUCUCACAGAUAACCUGCUGCAGAAACAACCAACAGACUAUGAUGAGCUGGUAGAAAAACUCUUCUCUGAAGUCUCUGGCCCAGAGCAUAUCCCCAAAAUACCAGAUCCACAACUUGAGGAGUGUGCCAUUCAGCUGUGGAACUGGGCCAUUACUAAGAAUGUGGGCACGACUCUCAGUGAAAAUCAGAAAGCCAAAGUGCGUCAUGUUGCGUGCAGUCUGCUCUACUGCUGUGAGCCUGAGAAUCCAACAGAGGGCGCCAUCCGCAAGCAAAUCCUGAUGGCCAGCAAAACAGGGAGAACCUGGCUGGACUGCAAAAAUCCCCAGAUGGCAGAUAACUUCUUAAGGCUUGCUGUCAAGAGCCUGGAAACCCUCUAUAGCCAACUAACGUCCAGAGGUGACGGAACAGCUGACACCACUUCAUCCAAGGGGGAUGUAGAGAAGGAUCUGCUUCGAAUAUUGUCAUACCAGGCAGAAUCGGCCCUAAGUCAAGGGAAUAACCACGAGGCUGUGACCUAUAUGCAACGUUGUAAAGACAUGCUGCUGCGGCUACCAAAAGAUACUGCGUACCUCUCCCUUAUGUGCUACAACUUUGGAAUAGACACUUACAAUGUGAGAAAGUUUGAGGACAGUGCAUUUUGGUUGAGUCAAAGUUAUGACAUUGGAAAAAUGAAUGUGAAACACGCCCCUGGAUCUGGAGUCCAGGCCAAGGUUUUGAGGCUCCUCGCCACUGUUUAUGUAGAGUGGGAUUGUCAGACGUUUCAGGAGAAGGCUCUUAAUGCUAUCAACUUAGCCAACAAGGAAUGUGUGAGCGCCUCUGGGUUGUACUUAAAAAUCAGAAUACUUCUGAGAUGUGGGGCGUCUGACGAUCAUAUCAAAGCAGGUCUUAAUGAGACGCUGGAAGCUAAGGUUUCUCUCGAAGUGUGUCUGAGCACAGUGAAACUACUCAUGUCUGAAGAGAGAGAAGUGCUGGCAUUUGAGUAUUUGAAACGUGUGUGUCAGCACUUUGAGUCGUCCCCUGACCUGGGAACUGCUCUUGUCUUGCACAUUGAGCUACUGCUGCAGAGAGGCAAGGAGCUGUUGAGCAAACAGAAGAUAGAGGAUAUCAUCACCGGCCACUAUACAGGAAAACAGCUGACUCCACAGGCCCUCACAAGUCUCCAUGUCAUGCUGUGGGAUAAAGCGUCCAAACACUUUGAGGCUGGGAACUAUUCUGAGGCUCUUCAGUGGUAUAACUACUCCCUGAGUUUCUUUAAGGCAGGUCAAAUGGAGCCCAACUUAGCCAAACUGCAGAGGAACAGAGCUUCCUGUUUCCUACAGCUUCAGCAACUGGAAAAGGCCAAAGAAGCAAUUAAAGAAGCAGAGAGAUGUGAUCCUGACAGCAUUUUCACUCAGUUCAGCGUUUACAAGAUUGCAGUGCUGGAGAAGAAUGUGGCGAAAGCUGCAGAAGCAGUGAAUGCGAUGGGACUUCUGUCCAAGAGUCCUGUGGCCAAUGAGGACAGACUGCUGGUAUCUGAGAAUGCUGCUUCCAAUCUUCUCCGUCUGGCUGCUCAGAUUGCUUUGGAGAAUGAACAGCAGGAAACGGCCAUGAAGGCGCUGGAGAGUUUGUGUGAAAACUCCAAAGAUGACGCUCAGGUUCUGACUGCUCUCAGGUGUUUGGUUCGACUUGUGCUUUCCACAAUAGAAGAAUCGUGUGAUGAGAAGAGGAAUGUGAAUCUGGAUGUCCUGCUGCCAUAUCUAAAAAUGGCUCUGCAGAAAGUCUCACACCAGUCUCGCAUGACUGUUGAGCAGCGCACAGAGGAAGCUAACUGGUUCAGGAAGAUUGCUUGGAACUCGGCUCUGCAGUGCGAGAGCAGCCCUGACAGAAUGAGGGAUUUCUUUGUGCUUUCCUACCAGCUCUCCCAGCUGUGCCCUCCUGAUCGCACACUGCUUAUGGGCCAGAAGACAUGUCUGCUCAUGGCUGCUGCUGCCUCUUUGGAGCUCUGCAGGAAGUCUCCUCUCUCUGCCCAGACUGAGGAGCUCACUCAGGCUCUGGAGCACAUUCAGAUCUGUUGGGAGGUCUGGAAAACCCUGAAAGCAUCAGGAAACUUCCCAAUGGACCCAACAGACACACUGCUGCUGCUCUAUGAAUUUGAGGCUCGUGCUAAGCUAAAUGACCCCAAAGUUGAGACAGUAAUGGAGUCUGUGUUGGAGCUUGAAAAUGUUGAAACCAAGGUGCUAGAAACCAUUGCAGCCUUAGCCAUGGAGCCUCCAGCCCACUUCCCUCUGCUGUGUAAGAAGGCCUUGAGGGUUGCUCUCUCUCUGCACAAGAAACAACCACAGGCUGACCUGGCGCGCUGCAGCAAGUGUGUUCAUAGCCUGAUCAAGCUGUCCCUCCCAAGUGGCGUAUCAGAGGUGGAGGCCCAUGUGCUCGAGGAGGUGUGGGACUACUACGAAGAGGCCCUGUCCAUCAUCGCAGCCGCACCGGACGACUUCCCAGAAAUGGAGACCCUGUGGUUGCUGACUCGUGCUUGGAACACAGGGAUACUGCUGUACAGCCUGGCCCAGUACCCCGAGGCUGAGAAGUGGUGUGGGCUUGCCAUGAGCUUCAUCCGCCACCUGGGAUCCCUGCAGGAGAGCUACGAGACACAGAUGUCAGGACUCUACAGUGAAAUCCUCGACAGGUUGGACAAAGCCAAGAAGAACCUCGUCAUGGAAGAAUAACCAAACUGGGACAGGCCAGCUGUUUACUGCCUGUUCUGAGGGUGAACUUUGACUCAGUUUGUUGCAGUUAAAUGUUACCAGUAUUAAUGUUGUGUUAAAAUGUUUGUCAGAUGUUCCAGUUUGAUACAUUUUUGCCUUAAAUCUGUACAAAUGUGGGGUAACCACAGUCGCGGUUAAAAUGCAUACCACCAUUUGUUUCUGCUUUGAUUUCAGACUGGAAUGUUAGCUUCACUUCCGCUCCCAUGUUUCCUGUAUUUCUCUACUCUGUCAAUAAACAACAACUAAUCUUUUAAAAAAA